GAAAUUGCAGUUGUAAACUCGGAAGCGGUGAGAGAGUGAAGAGUGAAGAGUGAAGAGUUUUGGGGAUUCAACUCCUUGUGAAGAGAAAUGUCCAGGUUUCGAUCACUGUUGCACGCAACCAAGAAAGCUCUCACAUGGAAUGUUGAAGACCUGGUGCCUCCCACUGAGAGAUAUAUUUUCAAUUUCAAUUCCAAGGAUGAGCUCAAGAAGUGGCAUUUGUAUUCGGAUUCGGAAUAUGGAGGGUUGUCCUCAGCAUCUUUAGAAAUCACAGAUACUGGAAAUGGACCCAGUGGUAUUUUCUCAGGUAACCUUUCUUCGGAUUUUGCUGAGGGUUCAAAAUGGAAGAUGAACAGGAGUGGCUUUUGUGGAAUGCGGUCGAAAAAGUUUAAUGGCUUCAUUGAUCUGGAUGCAUAUGAUACCAUAUCACUAAAAGUUAAAGGUGAUGGAAGAUCCUACAUAUCUACGAUCUACACUGAGAACUGGGUAAAUUCCCCUGGACAAGAUGAAGAUAAUAUAUGGCAGGCUUUUGUUUUUGUCCCCAAAGACAACUGGUACAUUGCAAAGAUCCCUCUUUCUCGUUAUCUACCAACAUGGAAAGGGAAUGUUAUAGACGCUGAGAUGGAAAUGAAUCCUGCCCGCGUUCUUGGCAUGUCUCUCUCGGUGAAUGCAGAAGGAGGUGUGCCAGGUGCUAGAUCUGGUCCAGGUGAUUUCAAACUCGAAAUUGAUUGGAUAAAAGCUUUAAGAACAGAGUGAUUUUGUAAGAUACAUGGAGAAUGAAACCGGGUACAUGGAGAAUGAAACCCGGUUGUAUCAAGUUUAGUUUUGCAGUAACAAUUUUUACACAAGAUAUGAAUGCUACUGUGGUUAGUUCUGUCAAAAAAUUUGAUUGUACCUAACACCACCUAUUCUCUUGAGAUUACAAACUCAAUUUCCCAACCUUAAGAGGUUAA